AUCAGCAGCUCAUUUGCUGAUGUGCAGAUGUGUGAUGAUAGCGGAAGGUCUGAGCUGAGGCGGGCUCGUCCCACAGAGCCAAGUGUUGGGGGCCAACGUCCACGGGCUGCACGGUCUUAUCUCUGCAGGCUUUCUAACACAUCAGCAUUGGCCAGAGCACAGACAUUUUCCACCUGAGGGCCCAGGCCGACGGAUUGCUCUAGGAAACCCACGGAAAUUGCUGUUUCGCGUCGGCUUUUUUCCCUCCUCCGCUAAAGUUCACAAUGCAGGGCAGCUUUGUUUUGCUGCUGCUGGCGGCUUUCACGCUCACUGGGGGACUCGUUCGAGGCGACGACGACGACAAUGCAGCCGAAGAGCUCCAGGUGGAGACCUUGAUGAAACCCGAAACUUGCACCGUUCUCUCCACGAUGGGCGACACGUUGCAGAUCCACUACACGGGUAAACUGAUGGAUGGCAAGGUCAUCGACUCCUCGCUAUCUCGGGACCCACUUGUUGUCGAGUUGGGGAAGAGGACAGUCAUUUCUGGACUGGAACAAAGCUUGAUCGGCGUGUGUGAAGGGCAAAAAAUCAAAGCCACUAUUCCAUCUCACCUUGCCUAUGGAAAGAAAGGUUACCCUCCUACAAUUCCAGGUGAUGCUCCUCUUGAAUUCGAGGUGGAGGUCAUCUCGUUGACACAGCAGACACCUUGGCAGAAGAUGGUGAAUGAUGUGUUCCCCCUCGUUUGUUUGGCACUGGUGCCCACGCUACUCGGCUUGGUGGGACUCUACCUCUACAACAAGGCCAAAGACUCAAAACCCAGCAAAAAGAAGUCAAAGGAUAAGAAAAGCAAAAAGAAAUAAGGACAGGACAAAGAACUAUUUAAAUCAAUAUUUUUGAAAUGUGUUCUCUUUGUGUUGACUUUGUAAAACAUCACUUUGUAAAGGUAUACCUGGAAUUCAAAUCUUUCAUUUAUCGGAUGUUGAUUGUACAGUUUGCAGCUUCAGUGAUCUUCUCUUGCCUAUUCGAUGUUGCAUCUCAGACAAAUUUUUAUCCUCCAUAUACUUAACUGUUCAACACGUAAAAAAUUCAACAGACAGACAAAAACAACACAUUUUCCAAUCCAAAGAUGAAUUUGUUUUAUUGGACUGCAUGUUUGAGUUACAAUCUGUCAUUUUGGCUGAUUUGUUAGCCUGGCUAUUGAUUUGUACUCAAACAAUUUUGAAUUAAACUUUAAAAAAUGUUUUUUUUUUCUUAUUAUUUUAGACAUGGUGUUUUACACUCUGCCUUUGACCGCCUCAGUGUUAGACUUGUGUCUGUUAUAAAAAUGGGGAAAAUUAAAUCCUUGUUCUAAUUAAACACUCUGGUAUGGGGAUUUUUGUCUUUUUCUUUUCCUCUUCAGACGAUGAAGUCAGAUCUCUCAAAAGUAAAUGCGUGUAUGAGUGAUCCUGUACCACAAAGUAGCCUUAGAGGUCAUACAUCAAAAUAGGGAAGUGUAAAGCUAAUGUUGUUCAUUUAUAGUAUACAGUCAGGCCACACACACAGGCCAAAAUUAUUGGCACCCCUGCAAUUCUGUCAGAUAAUGCUCAAUUUCUCCCAGAAAAUGA